CAAAGGAUGAGUGAACCCACUCCCUGUCUAUUUAUACCUCUCCUCCACUCCACUUUGUCACCACUCUUCUUCUUCCCCUCGAAAAUGGAGAGCUCUAAAUGGGAGGGUUCCCUGGAAAUCCCUUUGGCGGCUCCCCCGGAGCGCGUGUGGGAAAUUGGCAGUGAUUUCUGUGAGCUGAAAAGAUGGUACCCUGCCCUGGAGAUUUGUGAAAGGGUGGAGGGCACAUCAGAGCAGGGUCCUGGAUGUGUGCGCUACUGUGCUUCUGCAUCUUCUUCUUCCUCUGAAGGGCUUCUGUGGGUCAAGGAAAAACUCAUUUCCUUAGACAGCUCCAGCCAUUCUUACACUUAUGUGGUCACAGAUGGAAACAUGGAGGGUAUGGAGGGUUACCAAGCGACUUUUCGAGUGGUGGAGGAUCAGGAGCAACAGGGGAAAUGUCUCGUCAAAUGGAAUUUUGAGCUUAACCCAAUUCAGGGUUAUUCCCAACAGGAUUUUGUGGCUUAUCUCACUUCUCUUCUCGCAGAUAUCACCAAGACUCUGGAGGAGGUUGCUUCUGCCUCUUUGGAAUGAUUGUCCACCUUAUUAUUUACUUUCCCCUGCUGGAUUUCUCCGUCUCUCUGGUUUUCUGGAAAUGUUGAACUGUGUACUAUUGGGGAUUGCAGUUUCUAAUUAUGGAAUUUUAUUGCA